AUCUCUUAGCACUCUGUUUCAUAGCACUGAUGCAAUAGAACGAGCUCAAGACUGGAUUACAUUUCUAACUGUUAACCUUUUCAUUUAAUCUAGCUGUUCACAAGUACUAUACAAUGUAUAGAUAGAAGAAGUGUUUCUGCAGAAAGAAAGAAAUUUAUAUUAUCUGCUAGAUCUCUAAGGUUUGGAACAUCAAAAUGGCGUGCCCUGAUGUAGGGUUUGGGGCAAUCCAAACUUGUACGGGUGCGUUAAGUUUGUGUAUCAAGUGUGGUGAGACUAAAAUAACAUUGACAAACAGUCAUUCACAUUUGCAAGAAAAUAUGAGUAGACUACGUACACUAAGAGAAAGUGUAGAAAAAACACACGCGAUAUAUUGGUUUCCAGGCAAUGCCAUUGAGCAGUGGUUAAGUGAAGUAGAUCAAACUGAUGGUAAUGUGCGCGAACUGUCAACUAAGUUUUCAAAUUUAGAGAAGGUUAUUUGGAAACAUGUUAGUCGACAUGGUUUGAUUCAAGAGAUUAACACAAUGAGUGCUAACAUAAAAGAUGUUAUACAAAAAGGAGAAAAAAUGGAACAUGACUUGAAGAUGAAAAACAUAAAUCGUGUUGUUGCUCAGUUGCCUAAACCAAUAACCAUUGAAAAUGUUCCAGCACUCAAAGAAAAAUUGGAUCGGCUAAUACAGUAUGUGAAUGAUGAUGCUCACGACACAAUCAAAGUGCAUGGCAUUUCAGGGACAGGGAAAACAGUUCUACUCCAACAUCUGAACAAUCAUGAAGCAAUUGCUAAUCAUAAAAAGUUUCAUAUAGUCAUUUGGCUACCUGCUUCGGAAUUUGAAAAUCGGAACAAAUAUCAGAGUACUGUAGCUGGCAUCCAACGUAUAAUUUCUAAAAGACUAGGAUUGUGUAUUGGUAUCGAAGAUGAUAUUGGCACGAUAAGUACCAAGAUACGUCGAGAGUUGACUGAUGCAAAAUAUCUGUUGUUAUUGGAUGAUGUCAAGAAAGAGAAGAUUGAUCUUGGUGCUAUUGGUAUACCAAAUAACACAAAUGGUAGCAAAAUAAUCUACACAACAUACUUACCUGUCUCUCCAUUUGGUAAAGCUGUUGGUGUAGAAAUGGGAAUGUUAAGUGAUGCUGACUCAUGGGAGUUGUUUGAAAACUUUUUCAAAGAUAUGGACGAUAUAACUGACAAUGAUGAGAUUACAACCAUUGCUCGUGAUGUAGCUAAACUAUGCGGUGGUUAUUUCGCCCUCAUUGAAAUAGUUGCACGGAAGUUUGCAUCAAAUAAAACUCCCAACAGUUGGAGAAAUGGUUUAGAAAUACUAAAGAGACCUGCAGAGAAGCGGGACAUAUAUAUGAAACAAAUGGAGAAAUUCUUGCACUUCAGUUAUCAUGAUGGCCUAGAUGAAAACCAAAAAAAAUGCUUUCUUUUUAGCCUUUUAUAUCCUAAAGAACACAAAAUUCCUGUAGAUUGCUUAUUUGAUUGUUGGGCAGCUAAUGGUUUUCUUGGAAAUGAUUUGAUUGGGGAAGAUAUAUUAGGGCGUCUUUUAGAACUGGCUUUACUUACCAAAGGUUCCAAUGGGCAAUAUGUUACCAUUAACAAAAUAUGUAGGGCGGCAACAAUAAAUCUCUUGCAAGAACAUCAUGAAAUCAAAUGUUUAGUAGUAGAAGAAGAGCGAGAAAAUAUACAAAGUUACAAUUGGGAAGAUAUGCACUGGAUCUCUUUGGUUGAUAGUGGAGUUAAUGUUUUAUCUACUGACGUACGUUGUCUAAAGCUCACCACACUAUUUCUACGAAAACAAUCAAAGUUGGAAAACAUUUGGAGCUCCUUUUUUGAUCAUACGAAAGAGUUAAUUGUUUUAGACCUCUACAAGACAAAACUUGAACUCGAGCUCCCUAUGAGUAGCUUGCGAAAGCUUAAAGUUCUUUAUGUGAAUGGUUGUGCUAUCUUAAACAAGCUUCCUUUCAAAAUAGAAGGCCCAAAUAAUAUGCUUGAAGUUCUUGAUAUACGCGGUUGUUUAAUCAAUGAGAUACCACAUGAUAUCAAAAGUUUGAAGCGUUUAAGGCGAUUGUUAGUCUCUAUCAACAGAGAAGGUCCUUUGAGUCGUCUUAUGAUAUCUGAAUUAUCAUCAUUGAAAGAGUUGAUAAUAGAUGUGAAACAAAAUGAUAUGGCUUCAAACAAUACAUGCUGCAAUGAGGUGAUAGAAGAUAUCAUAAAGAAUAUUGACUCUUUGAAAGAAUUAACCACACUUCAAGUUCACUUCAAAGAUGAAAGUAUAGAUGUCAUUCAACUAUCUGGAUAUACAUUAAAAAUCUUCAUUCCAAAACAAGGUAGCCUUCAACACAUUUUAAAUGAAAGAGUGAACCUCUAUAAUGCACUACAAGUUUAUAUUGGUUCUCGAAUGACGUCAAAAAGUGAAAUUCAAAUGUCAAUCAAAGUUUUUAGUAGCUUUGUACUAUCUUGUGAUCAGAUUGUCCACGACUCUGUAAUUGAACGGGUUUUGGAUCAUGUAAAAGCUAUCAUCAUGAUGAAAGAUGAUUCCGUAAAGCAUCUAGAUCAAAUCGGGCUCUUAAGUCGCAACAUUCACAAUUGUUUGGUUCAAAGAUGCAACAACAUCAAAACCCUUAUUCUGAACAACCAUGGCUUCUCGAACCUUGAGACUUUGGUUCUUAGUGAAUGUUCUCAAUUAGAAGUACUAUUCUCAAAAAAUGUGGUUCAAAAAGCUAUGCGUAUCAAGCACCUUGAGAUAAGAGAAUGCUCAGCUAUUGAAGAGAUCAAUAUGUUAUCAACUAGUGGUGGUGAUAUUUUACCAACACUGAUAACUCUUGUACUUGACAAUCUUCCAAGGCUGAAGAGGAUCUGCUCAGAUAUGAACUGGCCUUCAUUGAGCACCUUGGAAAUACGUAAGUGUGAUGAGCUGAAAGAACUAUCUCUCAACAGAGAUCUCACAAUGUUGCGUAACAUCAGUGUAGAGAGGCAGUGGUGGGAGAACUUGAGAGUGGCUGAUCAGAUAAAGCAGGAACUUAAACGUCAGGGAAUCCGUAAUUUUUUGUGACUGACAUGCCAGUUUGUUUGAAGGAUGUUGCUGCAAGUAUCUUUGUUGUGCUGAGAACUAUUUUGAUUGAUUCCGAAAUCCACAUUUUGACUUCUUUUAGAUUUGUGGACAAACCUUCUCGUGUGAAAGAUAGCUUUUGUUUGUGUUGUGUGCCCAUCCAUAAUGGUACAAAUGCAUAAUGAAACUAUGUUUGUAUUUUCAGAUUUGUGGACAAACCAUUGUCAAAGUUGUACGCUUGAAGUGAAUUUCGAAUUCAUAGUAUGUGCUCGUAGUAUUUUCUUUUCUUGUCUAA